AUGGCUGAUGCAAUAGCAGCACGUCGAGAAGCUCGAAGAAGAAGAAUCUUAGAAAAUUCCCACAACAGACUGCAACUCAUAUCGGGCAAAACCGAUGAUGACAUUAACAAAGAUUCUCCGCGUAGAACUCCUAUUCCAGACCAAAACGUUGACAUACCCUUUUUAACAGAAGUUGAUACCAUAAACACACGUUUUCUUGAUAAUGGUAUAAUCAAUAGUGAAUUUGAAACAACAGGAUUCACAGAAAAUGACAACCUGUCUGACAAUAGAGAGGUAACCAAUGACUUGGCAGCUUUUACAUUAUUAUCACCCGAGCCAUGUCCAACACUGAACCCCUCUUUAGUUGAUAAAGUUGUCACUAGCAAAUAUGACAUAGUUUUAUUAUCAUUAUUAAUUCAAAUACUGUAUGAAUUAUCAGUUUUUACAUUUGACCAGGCAUUCUUUUUUCUUCCACUGAUUUUAUACAUUGUGACAAAAUUAAUAUUUUUUCCAAGACAAAGUAAUUCCAGCAUUGCUAAUGCCCUUUUACUUUUAAAUGGUAUUUCUGCAGAGAAGGUGAAGAUCAUUGUAUAUGUUAUGCAGUUGUUAAUGCUCAUUUCUGGAGAUGUAUGUUUGUAUUUAUUUACAAUAAUUUGUAUACAAUCUUUGUCUAUAACAUUAAAAGAUAAUUUCAUCACAUAG